AUGAGUUUACCAAGACAAAGCCAAGAGUUUAGAGACGGCGUCAAUAUAUUCUUGGACUAUGCUUACUCCGUUGGAAAUCCUCAAGGAGAGGAAAUUCUAUGUCCUUGUGCAAAAUGUUGCAACUUCCUUUGGGGUCAAAGAGAGUCUAUUUAUAGCCAUUUAAUAUGCUUUGGAUUUGUCAAGGGCUAUACACGAUGGGUUAAUCAUGGGGAAAGUGUAAUUGGUAUGGAUGUCGAUACUGGUGAUACCGGUGAGAUUUAUUCAUGCGAUGACAUUGAAGGCUUGCUAGACGAAAGGUUUAGGAAUGUGGCAGAUGUUGAGGGAGAAAAAGAAGGUAUGAACGAAGAUGCAAAGAAGUUCUAUAAUUUGGUUGACGAGGCUAGCAAGGAACUAUAUCCUGGUUGCAAGGAAUUUUCUACGUUAUCUUUCACCAUCCGACUAUACUUGUUGAAGUGUCUACAUGGAUGGAGCAAUGCCUCGUUCACUUCCCUCCUGGAGUUGUUGAAAGAGGCUAUUCCUAACUUGAAUCUCCCUUCUUCUUUCAACAAAGCCAAGGCUAUGGUGAGAGAUUUAGGUCUUGAUUAUAAAAAGAUUGAUGCAUGUCCAAAUGACUGCAUGCUAUAUUGGAAAGAGCACGAAAAUGAAACAUGUUGCCAUGAAUGUGGAACGUCUCGUUGGAUUGAGCCUGCGGUAGUUGAAGGUGACAUAUCUUCAAAGAAAGCUCACAACAUUCCUGCAAAGACAUUACGGCACUUUCCCCUAAUUCCCAGGCUUCAAAGGCUAUUCAUGUGCUCAAAGACCGCUAAGAAUAUGAGUUGGCAUCAGAAAGAGCGUAAAAAGGAUGGAAAGCUAAGGCAUCCUGCCGAUGGUCAAUCAUGGAAAGAUUUUGAUAACCGACAUUCAGAAUUCGCCAAGGAACCUCGUAACUUGAGACUUGGUUUGGCGAGCGAUGGAUUCAAUCCGUUUCGAACCAUGAGUAUAUCUCAUAGCACAUGGCCGGUUAUUUUAAUGACUUAUAACUUGCCACCAUGGAUGUGCAUGAAACAAGAAUACUUCAUGCUUUCUCUGUUGAUCCCGGGACCAAAAUCGCCAGGAAAUGAUAUUGACGUGUACCUGCAACCAUUGAUUGAGGAAUUGAAGGAGUUAUGGGAACUUAGGGUAGAAACAUACAAUGCCGCAAGAAAUAAAACUUUUCAAAUGCAUGCAGCUCUCUUAUGGACAAUUAGUGAUUUUCCUGCAUAUGCAAUGUUAUCCGGGUGGAGUACAAAGGGGAAACUAGCUUGCCCUUCUUGUAACUAUGGGACUUGUUCUAGUUAUCUUACACAUAGUCGGAAGAUGUGUUAUAUAGGUCAUCGUGUUUUUUUGCCCGAGGAACAUCCAUGGAGAACUAAUAAAAGGUCAUUUAAUGGAAAAGAAGAACAUCGAAAAGCUCCACCGUUGCUAGAGGGCAUGGAAGUUUUAAGUCACUUAGAUUCUAUGGAGAAUUCCUUUGGGAAGACAAAAACAAAGGUGAAUGAAAGCCCGUGGAGAAAAAGGUCAAUCUUUUUUUAUUUACCUUACUGGAAGUAUAACACAUCAAGACACAAUCUUGAUUUAAUGCAUAUAGAAAAGAAUAUAGUUGACAGUAUUCUUGGAACUCUCUUGGAUAUAUCUGGAAAGACAAAAGACCACCUAAAUGCUCGAUAUGACUUGAAAGAAAUAGGCAUUCGUAAGAAUCUUCAUCCAAAAGAAAUAAGAGGUCAUAGAAAAGUGAAGUUUGCAAAAGCAUGUUUCUCCAUGACUAAAGCUGAGAAAUCAAUUUUUUGUGAUGUCUUGAAGAAAGCAAAGCUACCUGAUGGUGCUGCCUCAAAUAUUUCUCGAUGCGUGAACCUUGCAGAAAGAAAAGUAUCAGGUUACAAGACUCAUGAUGCCCAUUUUAUGCUGCAUUAUUUGCUGCAAAUUCCCAUCAAAAGUAUACUUCCAGAUUCGGUCGCAAUCCCUUUAAUUCGGCUUGGCUCUUUUUUUCGUCAGUUAUGUCAAAAGGUUAUCACAUUAGAAGAGAUAAAUUAA